AAGAUAAUGAGGAUCUUUUGUUAGAUAGAAAGAUAGAAAAAUGCAUAUUUAGAUAAACAAUUAAUUGUGAUGAUGUCACCAAGCGUACAAUCAGAUAGAAACAGAUCGAACAGUUUUCACAACAUUAGUUCACUCGGAUGCAAGGAUGGAAAGGAAAGCAUGAAAGAUGAAGAAAGGAGAAAGGAAAAUGAACCUGAAUUAAUCUGGAAAGAAAGGAUGAGAACGUCAAGUUGUAGAAAGGAUAUGUACAGCAGCAGUACGCUUCCACUUCCAAAUAAACAUAAGAACCGGAUAUCUCGGCACAGUGUAUCCCCGGAUCGACCCCUUAUAUCCCCGGAUGUUAAAAGGAGCAGGGUGCACAGAUAUUCACCAGUAGAUCAGGAUAUAUACAGCCCACCCCCUGGACUUCUUCAGAGAGCACAUAGUCAGGUAACAAUGCAUUACACAACAGUUCCUCAAUCCUUGGUAUCCAGGCAGUUAGGUUCAAGGCACUACCCUACUAGAUCUUCAUUGCGGAGAUCUCGACUCCUGGUGUUAGUUAAAGAUGGUACAGUACCUAGAAAGUAUCUACCUGGUGUGGUAGAGAGAGAGAGGAUUGGUAUUCUCCUAACCCUGGUUCAACUCUGCUCUGGGUGUAUAGCUACAGCUUUAGCAGUCUGGAGGAUUGUUAGCCUGAGUAAUUUAUCCAGAUAUGAAGAUUGGCCUUACUACAGCGGACUUAUGGUCCUGCUCUCCGGGUGGUUUGGCUUAAUUCUUUUAUUGAAUUGCAGAUAUUUGUAUCCUGGGGUCUCUCAUCAUCCUUGCAUCUUCCCAAUAAAACCUUACCAUAUUAUUGGUUGUGUGGUUCUUUCAAGUCUUGGAGCAGUUUCAAGCCUAGUUUCAAGUAUCUGCUAUACUCUUCAUAUCAUUACAUAUACAUACAGUUCAUGUCAGGACGCUAAGGGACCGCCUGACUGGCCAGUUGAAACAUUGGAAUCUUGUGUGUGUUUAUCCUCUACACCUCUCUGGAGAAAUGGAGAACUUUUAUAUCCUGCCUCAACCUGUCUCCAGAUUGAAAGUAUUAUGCCAUCAUUCCUCAGCAGUCUUCUUACUCUCAAUAUAAUCUCUUUAUCUUCAUGUCUAGGCUUUCUCAUCCUUCUUUCAUCAUCAUCCCAGGUUCAAACAUUUAAGAAUUGGAGAAAGCAAAACCAAACCAAACCUUCCAGGAAGCAGGGCGCUCUGGUUCCGAUGCUAUGAAGGAAAAGAGAAUAAGAAAGUUAUGAAGAAUUCACAAAAGAUAUAGUUUUAUAUAAUAUAAAUAUAUGCAGUCAGCACACAAAUUUACAUAUGAGCUUAGAUACACGUUUUUGUUGUAGAAAUAUAAAUCAUCUUCCAGAA